AAAUCUUCUUCUCCGCCAUUAGCAAACUCAACUCUUUCUUCUUCGGCUGGAUGGAUAUAUGAAAAGCAACGGAAGAACUCGUGGGACGAUUUGAUACUAAUUGAAUUAAGCAGAGUAUUCCCAAUGCAAAGAACCAUCUCACUUGCGGCUGCUAAGUCUUCUUCUUCGACUUCAGCUCUCUCUCUUCGUCCUCUCAUGGCUAAGUUGCAGUGCAGGGCAAUUCAGAAUUUCCCAGCCUCAUCUUCCUCUUCAGUAGUUCGAGUGGAUAAAGUCUAUAGAAAUGUAUGCCAGCUUCACUUCAAAAGGGAAAAUGCAACUUCUUUUAAGUUAGGUUGCGCACUUCCUUCGCGUCUUAGGAUUCUCGGUUCUGUUAGCUAUGCAGUACACUGGAGCAGUUCGAGUUUAAGUUCCUUCGGAAAUAGUCUCAGACCCUUUCCGGGGAGAUGUUUUUCUCAAGUCCCUAAUACUGGAAAUAAGGAUAAGAUUGUUGGUGGUGAUGGAAAGGAGAAGAAGUUUCAUAAGAAGUGGAGGAAGCAUAAAGUUUUGGCGUCCUCAAAAGUUGAAGUGGUCGCUUCUACUGAACCAGUUAUCGGAGAUGUUAGCAGCGGCAGCAAGGUGGACCUAUCAACUGCAGCUUCACCUGUUGGCAAUGGUAAGCAACCCUCUACCGUCAAACCAAAACGGCGCCCAAAGAGCAAGAAAGUCGAAGAUAAAUCCUCCUCGACGGCAUCGGUUUUGGAGGAGGUCUCUGUAGAAGAGAGUUUGAAAACCGAUCGCAAGACUAAACAUUCUGGUUCUGGAAAUCGAAAGCCUUCAUCUGCUAAGAAGGAGGUUGCAAAAAAUCCCACUGUGGAGGUGCCCAAAAGUUCUGCUCCAUCAAAUUCCAAGGUGGAACUAUCAACUGAAGCUUCACCUGCUAGUAAUGGCAAGCCAGCCUCUACUGCCAGAACAAAACGGCGACCAAAGAGCAAGAAAGUCGAUGAUAAAUCUUCUUCAGCGGUACCAGUUUUGGAGUCGGUCCUUGUAGAAGAGAGUCCAAAAAGCGUUCCCAAGACAAAACAUUCUGGUUCUCGAAAUCGGAAGUCUUCAUCUGCUAAGUACCGUUCUCAGAAGGAGGUGGCAGAAAAUCCCAUUGUCGAGGGUCCCUCAAGUGCUGCUUCACCGAACUCCAAGUUGGAACAACAGCAAUGGAAGUCAGCAAAAGCACCAAAACAGAAGCAGGUUCCUCAAGCUCAACAUAUGAAAAACAGCAUAGAGCAUCGAGGUCAAAAUGCUUCUAAACCGCUUUAUCCGCCAAGUGGAAAAUCUGUUAUUGUCGUUGAGUCACUCACAAAGGCGAAGGUUAUUCAGGGUUAUCUUGGUGACAUGUAUGAGGUUUUGCCAAGUUAUGGUCAUAUCAGGGACCUGGCCUCAAGGUCUGGUUCAGUGAGGCCGGAUGACGAUUUUAGCAUGGUUUGGGAGGUUCCAUCUUCCGCCUGGACUCAUAUUAAGAGCAUAAAGGUGGCAUUAAAUGGAGCUGAAAAUCUGAUUCUUGCAUCGGAUCCAGAUCGUGAAGGAGAGGCAAUUGCCUGGCACAUCAUUGAGAUGUUGCAGCAGCAGGGUGCCUUACAUGAAAGCAUGACAGUAGCACGGGUUGUUUUCCACGAGAUAACUGAGUCAGCAAUAAAAACUGCACUUCAGUCCCCACGAGAAAUUGACGGUGACUUGGUACACGCAUACCUCGCACGGCGUGCUCUUGAUUAUCUGAUCGGAUUCAAUAUUUCGCCACUACUUUGGAGGAAACUUCCGGGUUGCCCGUCAGCUGGGCGGGUCCAGUCUGCUGCUUUGGGUCUUAUAUGUGAUAGAGAAAGUGAAAUUGACGGGUUUAAGCCUCAGGAGUACUGGACUGUAGGAAUCAAAGUGAAAGGGAAAGAUAACUCAGCCACUUUCUCAGCUCACUUGACCAGUUUAAAUUCGAAAAAGUUAAAUCAGCUUUCUAUCAGCUCCGAAGCAGAGGCACAGGACAUUGAGCAGAGGAUCAGAUCAGAAGGCUUUCUAGUGAAAGGCACCAAAAAAAGCACUACACGGAAAAAUCCACCUACUCCAUAUAUAACAUCAACCCUCCAGCAGGAUGCUGCUAACAAAUUGCAUUUUUCAACAGCAUAUACUAUGAAGCUUGCUCAAAAACUAUAUGAGGGUGUUAGACUGUCCGAUGGUAAUUCAGCUGGUCUUAUAACAUACAUGCGGACAGAUGGUUUACAUAUAGCUGAUGAAGCUAUCAAAGAUAUACAGUCAUUGGUGGAAGAAAGGUAUGGGAAGAAUUUUACAUCAGGUAGUCCUCGUAAGUAUUUUAAAAAGGUUAAGAACGCUCAGGAGGCCCAUGAAGCUAUUAGACCUACCGAUAUACGUAGAUUACCGUCAACGAUUGCUAGCCUGCUUGAUGCGGAUUCUCUAAAAUUAUAUACCUUAAUAUGGUCACGAGCUGUGGCAUGUCAGAUGGAGCCUGCUUCUAUUGCCCAGAUACAACUUGAUAUCGGAAAUGCCUCUGAAACCAUUAUCUUCAGAUCAUCAUGCUCAAAAAUCGAUUUCCUUGGAUACCAGGCAGUUUACGAGGAUCCUGAAGCGAAGGCAAUCAAAAACAAAGACGAUGAUAAGAGUAUUGAGCGGGGGGAAACUUUUGAAACUCUCAGUUUGUUGAAGGAUGGGGAUCUGCUACGUAUUGGUGAAGUGGAGCCCAAGCAACACCAUACUCAGCACCCACCACGCUAUUCCGAAGGGUCACUGAUUAAAAAGCUCGAGGAGCUCGGGAUAGGUAGACCCUCGACAUAUGCAUCUAUAUUUAAAGUCUUACAGGACAGAAAGUACGUAACAGUAAAGAGCCGAGUACUGUAUCCUGAAUUCCGUGGGAGGAUGGUUUCAGCUUUUCUUACCAACUACUUCACUGAGGUCACAGACUAUAGUUUUACUGCUGAUAUGGAGACUGAGCUUGACAAUGUUUCUGGUGGUGUAACUGAAUGGAAAGGCCUUCUAAGAGACUACUGGACACGAUUCAGCGCGUAUUGUAAACGUGUUGAAAAUGUCCAAAUACAACAGGUGGAGAAAAUGUUGGAAAAAAAAUAUGAUGACUUUUUGUUUUCUUCCCUUCCCGACCCCACUAGGACUUGCCCGAGUUGUUCGGAAGGCACCUUAAUUUUCAAAGUAAGUAAGUUCGGUACGGGGUAUUUCAUCGGUUGUGAUCACUUCCCUUCAUGCAAGUUCAUUGCUAAAACGCUUUAUGGAGAGGAUGAAGAUGAAGAUGAGCCUCCGAAGAAUACCUGCGUCGAAGAGCCCAAAUUGUUGGGUGUUCAUCCCAAUACCAGUGAGAAGUGCGGCCCCUAUGGGCAUUAUGUACAGCUUGGCGAGGACAAAAAAGGGCACAUACCAAAACGAGCAAACGCGGCCCAUAUAAAGGAUGUGAACUCUAUUACUCUUGAAAGUGCUCUCGAAUUGUUACGAUAUCCUCUGACAGUGGGAACCCACCCUGAAGAUGGGCAGCCUGUUGUCUUGAAACUUAGUAAAUCUGGAUUUACUGUUCGACAUCGCCGCACUAUGGCUACUGUUCCAAAGAAUCUGGAGCCAGGUGAGGUAACUUUAGAGAAAGCAAUGAAGCUCUUGUCUAGCAAAGAUGCGAGACAAAGUGGCAGACCUAAAAGGAUCAAGCCACCUGUAGAUGAGGAAGAGGAAGGAGAUGAAGAAGUUGCGGAGGCGAUGUAA